UCCAUUUCUCUCCGUUUUCUUCUUCCGAACCUGCAAGGGGGUUAAGGGUUUUAGCCUCUUACCGCCACUCUUUGCAGGUCCCCCUUCUUUUUUCUCAGCUUCAAAUCCAAAACCCUCACUCACACCACUACCCAGUAUAGCUCACUUUGCUCAUGAACAAACCCAUCUCUUCAAUUUCGUUUCUGAACAAACCCAUCUCUUCAAUUUUGUUUGUUCUUCCUUAAAGACUCAUCCUGACCAUCCAUGGCGAAAUUCUCAGAGCACUUUAUCUCAGUGAGCAAGUUCGUUCACGAAAAUUCCCAAACUACCCAUCUUGAAUCGCGGAGGGUGCUGCAGAAGCGGGUUCGGAUUAUCCUCACCGACCCGGACGCCACAGACUCCGACAGCGACGACGAUGAGAGCUCCGCCGUGCGCAGAGUGAAACGACAUGUCAAGGAGAUCAACUUGGAGCGAGCUUCCUCUUCUUUCAAGCUGCCGAAGAGAGAACAGCCCGAGACCCGACCCGAUCCGAAGUCACCGAAAUCGGAUCCGGCCCGGAAGAAGCAUUUCAGGGGAGUCCGGCAGAGGCCUUGGGGUCGUUGGGCCGCGGAGAUCCGCGACCCGAUCCAACGGAAGCGGCUCUGGCUCGGGACCUUCAACACCGCCGAGGAAGCCGCCAUUAUAUACGACAGAGCCGCCGUGAAGCUCAGAGGUCCUGACGCCGUCACCAACUUUCCUAACGCCGUUGCAACGGAGGAGACCGUUGUUGCUGAGGAGGUUGUCGUCCCCACCGCGCAUGAGGAGGAAAGAAGCUUCGGCUCGACUGCCACGUGUGACUCGUCUUCCAAUGUAGAACCGGCGUCAUCUCCCACGUCGGUCCUCCGUUACGACGAUCCCGCCCCCUUUGACGGGUUCCAUUACUGCGACUUCCACGCUUGCGGGUUCGAAUACGACGUGCCGUUGCUGAACCUGCCGGACAUAAUGAUCCCGGCGAGCAACAACUUCAACCACGACGAGUUCGGCGAGUUUGACGUCAACGACUUCCUGGUCGACGUCAUCUCCUAAAUCCAGCGGUGCAUCCCGCGUGUCCUCCCCCACCAAGAUACGUGGAUGCCAGGGAUUGUUUCGUAAUUUUGCUGUUACUGUGUGGGGGACUGUGUAUUGUGACGUGUCAGUGUUGGACUAGGAGAAGAACAGAGGCCGAGGGUGCGCUGAAAUUCCGAAUAUGCCCCGAGUGGUUCCUGGUCAAACCACGGAGUGUGAUUAGUGGAUAUGAGUAUUGAGUAAUGCCGAUUUUUGAAAAAAUCGGCGAUUUUGUGAGCAAUUUUGAGUACUUUUUUAAAUCAAGGCGGUGGAAUUGUAAUUAGUAGUAGAUUAUAUAUGAGAAAAGAAGGGUUGGGAAAGUUGUGGGUAAAAAUUUAUAAAUGCUUGGUGUGUGCUUGAUUCCUUGGAGAUCACGCCUAGCGUUGAAAAGCCAAAUACCCUAAUUAUUGUAAUGAU